AUGAAACGCGCCCAUGCUGCCCCGAAGAAGGCGGCGCACAAGGCGCACAAACGCCAGAAGGUCGAUGAUUUUCCUAAACCUCUACCUACCAGGACAAAACGCAGAGUGCAGCUCAACGAGCUAGGAUGGAAGGCUGUUUCCAUGCCCGAUCGCUUAGAGGACACCGAAGGCUUCUACGGACUCGAAGAAAUCGACGAUGUUGAAAUUGUAAAGGAUCCUGUUACUGGCGCCUUCCAUUUCGAGACUACAAAGACGGAAGACGAAGUAGCGCGUGAUGUCGAGGAGGCGUGGCAGCGCGAGGAAGACGAGGCUCGGCGUCUUGAAAAGAUAACUUUCGGGGAGAACCAAGAGGCUGAGAAAGAUGAGGACAAGGAGUUUGAAGAAGAUGAGGGCAAAGAGCCUGAGGUACAGGGAGAAGAUGAAGAGUUGGAAUGGGAAGGCUUCAGCGACGAGGAAGUCGAGACCGAAGCGCCCACGCCUGCAACGAACGGAGAUGACGAAGAAGACGUAUCUGCUUGGGCAAAGUUGGACCUGUCCGAGGAAAUGCUCGGAGCAUUGGCGAAGCUCAAGUUUUCAAAGCCCACCGACAUUCAAGCAUCAACUAUACCCGAGAUUAUAGCUGGCAGAGACGUCAUCGGAAAGGCUUCCACCGGUUCAGGAAAGACGCUUGCCUUUGGUAUUCCCAUUAUAGAGUCAUAUCUCGCCGGUCGUGCAGCAUCAAAAAACACCGAAGACAAGGUUCCGCUCGCCCUCAUUAUCGCGCCAACUCGAGAACUUGCCCAUCAGAUCAACGAACAUCUGGUUAAGCUUUGUGCAAAGGGUGACUUUGACUCUCCGUACAUUGCCUCCAUCACGGGUGGUUUGUCCGUGCAGAAGCAGCGUAGGCAACUGGAAAAGGCAGAUAUAGUUGUGGGAACCCCAGGACGGCUGUGGGAAGUCAUCAGCAGUGGCCAAGGCUUGCUCGCAAAGUUCAAGCAGAUCAAGUUCUUGGUCGUCGACGAAGCUGAUCGCCUGUUAAGCCAGGGCCACUUCAAGGAAAUGGACGAUAUCCUCAAGGUACUCGAGCCAGAUGAUGAGGUAGAUGAGAACGCCGAGCCAGCAGAAACACCCGAAGUCAACCGCCAGACACUUGUCUUCUCAGCAACUUUUGGAAAGGAUCUUCAGAGAAAACUUGCCGGCAAGGCCAAAUUCGGUGGUGACCAGAUGAACCAACAACAGUCAAUGGAGUAUCUCUUGAAGAAGCUUCGAUUCCGCGAAGAGAAGCCCAUGUUCAUCGACACCAACCCGACCUCGCAAAUGGCCAGCAAGCUUCAGGAAGGUCUCAUCGAAUGUGCCGGUCCUGAAAAAGAUCUAUAUCUAUACUCACUUCUCAUGUUUUACACCAAGAAGCGCGCCCUCGUCUUCACAAACUCCAUCUCAGCCGUCCGACGCAUAACGCCCUUCCUAACUAACCUCAACCUCCCCGCUCUCCCACUUCAUUCCAACAUGCCGCAAAAAGCCCGUCUACGCUCAAUCGAACGCUUCAAAGAACGACCAGGAUCAAUCCUAGUCGCCACGGACGUCGCAGCCCGAGGUCUCGACAUCCCUAAAGUCGAACUCGUAAUUCACUACCACCUCCCCCGCGCCGCCGACACCUACGUGCACCGCUCCGGCCGCACAGCCCGCGCCGAUGCCUCAGGCGCCAGUAUCCUCAUCUGCGCACCCGAAGAAGUCGCCGGUGUCCGUCGUCUCAUCGCCAAAGUGCACGCCCGCGCGGCCUCGGCGCCCAAGACCAAAAACACAUCCUUCUUCAUCCGCACCCUCGACAUCGACCGCCGCAUCGUGUCGCGCCUCAAACCCCGCGCCACAAUCUCCAAGCGCCUCGCCGAUACCGUCAUCGCCAAGGAGAAGAAAAACAGCGGCGAUGACGUCCUCCGCCAGGCCGCUGAGGACCUUGGCGUCGAUUACGACAGUGAGGAGUUCGACAAGGAAGCAAAAGGGAAACGGGGCCGUGGUGCCGGUCGCAAGAAGAAGGAGAGAGAGGCGAGUCAGAUGACGAAGGCAGAGAUGCAGGCGCUGCGUGCUGAGUUGAGGAGUUUGCUCAGCCAGAGGAUUAAUACGGGGGUUAGUGCGAGGUAUCUUACCAGUGGUGGUAUUGAUGUUGAUGCGCUUAUGGCGGGAGAGGGCAACUUGGAGUUUUUGGGGCGUGUGGAUGGGUUGGGGUUUGAUGAGGAUGAGGAUGAGGAAUAG